AUGGCGACUAACGGGUCUUUCUCCCCCUAUCACGCUGCCUCUUCGGCAGAGGCUAUGGACUCUGAGAAGCAGUAUGCUGCCCAUAACUAUCACCCCCUUCCUGUUGUCUUUGCCCGGGCUCAAGGCACUUCGGUCUGGGAUCCCGAAGGCCGUCACUAUCUUGACUUCCUCUCCGCCUACUCCGCCGUGAACCAAGGCCACUGCCACCCCAAAUUGGUAGCCGCACUGGUAGACCAAGCUUCGCGGGUGACUCUGAGCUCCCGCGCAUUUUACAACGAUGUUUUCCCUCGCUUUGCUAAGUUCGUGACCGAGUACUUUGGCUUUGAUAUGGUUCUGCCCAUGAACACCGGCGCCGAGGCUGUGGAGACCGGUAUCAAGAUUGCCCGCAAGUGGGGAUACAAAGUGAAGGGUAUCCCGGAAAAUAAAGCCAUCGUUUUGAGCGCAGAGAAUAACUUCCAUGGACGUACGUUCGCCGCCAUCUCCCUAUCUUCCGACCCCGAGUCACGCGAACACUACGGACCUUAUCUGCCCGGUAUCGGAUGCACGAUCCCGGGGACCGAGAAGCCCAUUGCAUACAACGAUAAGGUUGCUCUACGCGAGGCAUUCGAGGCUGCCGGCCCGAACCUGGCCGCUUUCCUCGUCGAACCCAUCCAGGGCGAGGCAGGUAUCGUGGUCCCAGACCCGGAGUACCUGCAGGAAGCCCGGGCACUCUGCGACAAGCACAAUGUGCUGCUGAUCUGCGACGAGAUCCAGACUGGUAUUGCACGCACCGGCAAACUGCUCUGCCACGAGUGGAGCGGAAUCAAGCCUGACUUGGUCUUGCUCGGUAAGGCCAUUUCGGGCGGUAUGUACCCGGUCUCAUGUGUGCUGGGAAGCAAGGACGUCAUGCUCACGAUCGAGCCUGGUACCCAUGGCUCGACAUACGGUGGAAACCCACUUGGCUGUGCGGUUGCCAUUCGCGCUCUCGAAGUCGUGCAGGAGGAGAAUAUGGUCGAACGUGCGGAGGAGCUCGGUCACAUCUUCCGGGAUGGGCUGUUGGCUAUUAAGAGCCCGCUCAUCCAGACGGUGCGUGGAAAGGGCCUGCUCAAUGCUAUUGUCAUCGACGAGUCCAAGACAAAUGGACACACUGCUUGGGAUUUGUGCAUGUUGAUGAAGGAGAAGGGAUUGCUGGCCAAACCCACUCAUCAAAACAUUAUCCGUCUUGCCCCUCCGCUCGUUAUCACCGAGGAGGAGAUUCAAAAGUCCCUUGAGAUCAUCAAGGAGGCUGUGGCAGAACUUCCGGGCCUCAAGGGCGCGUCUGAGGACCAAGUCAUCCCUCCCCCAGAGAAAAAGGUCAAGAUCACUCUUGAGAACUAG